UCUGGCUGCAGCUGCAGACCGAGCAGGAAUAGCAAGUGCAGAUAGCUUUAAGCUAACGCUAGCUAUCGCAACAGCAUUAACCCCAGCCUGGGGCUAUAGACAGUCGUUGGUUUGGUAGCUGGAUCAAGGCUGGCUUCACUGGUUAAACAUGCAGAAAUAUGAAAAGCUUGAAAAAAUCGGAGAGGGCACGUACGGGACAGUUUUCAAGGCUAAAAACAGAGAAACGCACGAAAUUGUGGCUUUGAAAAGGGUGAGACUGGACGACGACGACGAGGGGGUGCCCAGCUCUGCUCUGAGAGAAAUCUGUCUUCUGAAGGAACUAAAGCAUAAAAACAUUGUCAGGCUACAUGAUGUUUUGCACAGUGACAAGAAGUUAACCUUGGUUUUUGAAUAUUGUGAUCAGGAUUUGAAGAAGUAUUUUGACAGCUGCAAUGGGGAUCUAGACCCUGAAACUGUGAAGUCAUUCAUGUACCAGCUGUUGAAAGGCCUUGCUUUCUGUCACAGUCGAAACGUUCUUCAUAGAGAUCUGAAGCCACAGAAUCUCCUCAUCAACAGAAAUGGGGAGCUGAAGCUGGCUGACUUUGGUUUGGCUCGAGCCUUUGGCAUUCCUGUGAGGUGUUACUCAGCAGAGGUGGUGACCUUGUGGUACCGGCCUCCAGAUGUGCUGUUUGGUGCUAAACUUUAUUCUACCUCAAUUGACAUGUGGUCGGCUGGAUGCAUAUUUGCAGAGCUGGCCAAUGCUGGAAGGCCUUUAUUCCCCGGGAACGAUGUGGACGACCAAUUGAAAAGAAUCUUCAGAUUGUUGGGUACGCCAACUGAAGAACAGUGGCAGACGAUGACCAAACUUCCUGAUUACAAGCCAUAUCCCAUGUAUCCAGCCACCACCUCACUGGUGAACGUGGUCCCCAAACUAAGUAGCACAGGACGGGAUCUACUCCAGAACCUGUUGAAAUGUAAUCCUGUCCAGAGGAUCUCUGCAGAGGAGGCCUUGCAGCACCCUUACUUUGCUGAUUUCUGCCCACCCUAAACGCUAAAUUGCCUCUCAGUGAACCUCAGCCACCAGAAUCAAUCACCCUUCACUCUGUUGGUUUCAUUAGGUCCCAACAAGGCAAAUCCCUCACCGGUUUUCAAACACUCCCUUGCAAUUUCUUCUGUUGUGCCUCUGUGUGGAACAAAGUCCUAGUGGCUCUACAAGGUUUUAGGUUCUUCUAAGUUGCAAGCCAGUUUAAUUUGGUACAUAUACACCUCCCAGUUAAUUAGCACGGAUGUUGGAGGGUGAACAUUGUGUUGUAUUGAAUAAAUUUUUAUACCUGCAGAGGUGGUUCUUAACAAAAAUCUUAUCCAAGGGAAUUAAAUUAGCAUGUGCUGGUUAUUUCUAACUUUUAAAUAGCUGACCCUGACUAAACAAAGGCCCUUUGAAUCUGUGGUGAUCUGAAGAUAAAAUUUAAAGUGUUAGCACAGUUACCCAAACAGCCCUUCUAAAAUGAUAGCUUCUGUUCUUAUUGUAUUGUGUUUUGUAAAGCAGUUUUGCCAAUGUGCCUGCAUUAAUAGAAGACACAACAUUGGUGGAAACUGUAGCCUGAUGAAUAAUGAGUUUUCAAGGCUAAUACCAAUAUUGAUAUUUUAAGAGAAACAAAAUCUGAUAACAAUAUAUCAGCCGAUAUUAUUUUUUAAAUGACACAAAUAAUAAACAUUUUUGAUGAGAAUUGUUGAAAUUUGGUUAUUAAAGAAUUUUGAUCAAGAUACAUGUGUACUGAGUGGGAUAUUUUACAGUUGGAAAAUAAUCUUUCAAGUUCACACAGUGGGACAGAUUAUGUAAUUGAGACACUUUCUAAAUGAUCUAAAACAUAUCUUUGCAUUUCAGGACUGAAGUUUGUAGUUACUUAUUGGCAGUGAUGUAUGCUGGUACUGAUACAUCUGUGAUAAGUUAAUAUCCAUUGAUAUAAUGGCUCUAGUGGAGACCACAGAUUCCUGGGGCAGCUAAUGCUGAAAAGUCACUAUUUAAAAAUAAGUUACAUUAAAUAGAUCUGCCAGUUUUAGAAUCACAAGUGAGUUUUUUUUUCUUUUUAUUGUAAAGGCUUAAGUCAAUGUUACCCCCUUUUUUAGGCUUGUGUGUUACUUGUUUAACGCUGUAUUUUACAGUUUUGUGUCAUUUCCAUGCUAUUUCCUUUGAGGUUUCCUGGUUAGAACUAUGUCUUUUGGUACUGAUAACUGGGAAAAUACUGUGGGAAUUUCCUUGAAAUAGCUGCUCGAAUUAAACCAAAUAUUCAUCCAUUAUUAAUUUAUUACCGGAAACUUUUUUUCUAAAUUGUGUUUUUAUCUGCAAACAGAAUUCUCAUUUUUGCUCUUUACAAGAUGUUAAUCACUGAUUGACUGGAAAUGUACUUACUGAACAUAUUUUCCCUAUAAUUAUUACGUAUAAUUAGGACCAAAUUAUGUACCUCUCUCCUGGAAACAUCCAAGGAAAUUACAAAUGUGUUACUGUUAUUUAAACUUUUUUUUUUGUUUUGUUUUGUUUUUUAGACCAGAACAAACUACACACUUCUAUUUCUGAUGUUUCACAUACGAACUGUACUUUGUCCCACUAACUAUUACAAGAUUGUAUAAUAGCAUGGGAAGCUAAUUUAUAAUUUUCUUUUUUCUCAGGCUUUUUAUUUCCCUUUUUUGUAUUUGUCUUUUGUGCACUUUGUUAACUGACAGUUUUAUUUAAAAUCGUUUAGUUAUCAAUAUAAUUAAAUAUAUUGAACACUGACAGCCAGGAUUAUAGCCGGUUAUCAAUAAAUGGGCCAAUAUAUAUAUAUGUAUGUUAAUGACUAGUGGACCAUUUGUGACACAUUGAUAUUUUUUGACAUCAUCUUUAUCAUCAUUAUGUCCUUCUGAAAUGCUUUUGUAAUAGAUAUGUUAGAGAUGAAAAAAAUGCAGAUGAACUGCAUUUUCAUAUGAUUGUUUUGCACCAUUAGCUGUUUCCAUUUUUGGUUACUUAUUAUAUUAACAUGGUUAACAGCUUGCAGUGUUGUUUUACUUCAGAUUAUUGCAGUGCUACUUAUCCCAUAAAAGCCUACAUAAUGAGUUGUUUGAAGUAGCUGUCUUAAUAGGGAAAGGACUUAUUUUCAUUUUGCUGAUGUAAGACGAGAUAAUGGAUGCAUGUAUUUAUUAAUGAUGGAAUGUCUGCUCUUUUUUUCUUUUUUUUUGCAUCUGUUUAAAUGUAGCACCAACUUCAUUUGGUACAGAAACUCCUGAAUGAUUUAAACAGUACUCAGAUCUGUAGUUGUUAGCAGGCUCUUUUUAGGAUUUAAAAUGUUGAAGGUUGUGUGUGGAUUAAGUUAUAAUGAAAAAAAAAAAAAUGAAUUUGCUCUCAGUAUUUCAUCAUCUCGUGAUGACAGGACAUUUCAAACUGCUGUAGAUUUACUUUAUACAGCCUAAAUUUAAAUUUUAAAUGAAGAGUGGAUUUUGCACUUUGCUAGUAUCUUUGCUUUUGUUGGUAGAACUUGGGAUGAAUAUUGUCAGUUAUUCUUUUUGUGUAUAUUUCAGCCAAUAAGACGGAGUAAAGUCGACAUAAAUACAUGUUUGCUUUUGAGA